GUGUAAUCAACUGUGCUGCUUUAAGCUGUGAAUAUGCCUGUCAUGCUUCCCCAUCAGGGGGAGUAUGCUAUUGUCCAUUGGGAUUUGUGGUGAACACUGAUGGCCGUUCCUGUAUUGAUUUUAAUGAAUGUAACAUGUGGGGAGCUUGUGACCAGCUGUGUGAAGACCGAAUUGGAAGCCAUGCAUGUUCCUGUGUCCAGGGAUAUGUUCUAGAGCACCACAAGCACUGCCGAGCAAAUUCCUCAUCUGGAAUUCCAUCCAUUAUCUUCUCAAAUGGUCGUGAUUUGCUGAUUGGUGAUGUUCAUGGAAGGAAUGUACGGAUUCUUGUACAGUCUCGCAAUCGUGGCAUUGCUGUUGGUGUGGAUUUUCACUACUAUCUGGGCAAAAUCUUUUGGACAGAUACCAUGCAGAAUAAGGUGUUCUCUGUAGAUCACAGUGGCUCUAGAAUCCAACAAAUUUUGAAUGUUUCCAUUGACUCUCCUGAAAACAUAGCUGUGGACUGGGUGAACAAUAAGUUGUACGUGGUGGAGACGAGCAUUAGCCGAAUUGAAGUAGUAGAUCUGAAUGGAAGUAAUCGAAUAACACUGAUUGCAGAAAACCUGGGAAACCCUCGAGGCAUUGCUGUGGACCCCACUGUAGGCUAUUUAUUCUUCUCUGACUGGAAUAAUAUUUCUGGAGAACCUAAACUAGAGCGAUCCUUUAUGGAUGGAACCCAUCGCUUUGAACUAGUCAAGACAAAGCUAGGAUGGCCUGCAGGAAUAACACUGGACAUCAUAACAAAAAGAGUUUAUUGGGUUGACAGCCGUUAUGACUACAUUGAGACUGUAACAUAUGAUGGACUUGCAAG